UAAUAGUACCAGAAGCGCUGGUAUUGCCCUUUCCUCCAAUUUUUUCUCUUCCCCCUUCCCUCCACUUUUUCCCUCCCCAUAUUUAUAUAUAUUUCGUGCCUGAACUAUGUCAUUUUUUGGGUCCACUAUUACAGAUUAUUCCACUUCCCUUUUCAUUCAAUUUCAUUUUGGCUACUUCAUCCGCUGCCCUCUCUGCUCUAUCGCUAUCUCGAUCUCUCAGCUGCAAGACACUGCUCUUUCUCGAUCCAUUUAGCAAGACCUUGAUUGAUGUUUGCCCCCAUAUAAAGCCCUUUGACACACACACAAUCAGACGAUUAGCAUAAACCCUCACACACACAAUCAGACGAUCAAACAUAAACCCUAGCGCACACAAUCAGACGAUUCUUGACCAAGGAGAAAGACCGUGUCUCACCGCUGAUUCUCCUCUUCUGGUUUUCUUCUCCGGCCGAUUCUCUGGCCGAAGUUCGGUCUCUCUCUCUCGGAUUCUCCUCUUUUUCCUCUCUUCUCCCUCGGGAAGGAUAAAUAAUAAGUUAACAAUGAAACGAACGGUUAGUGAAGUGGAAAAAGUGAGUGAACAAAAUACCGAAGCUUCAACUUCAAAAUCAUCCCAACCACCGCCGAAGAAGAGACGGGGUCCGACACGAUGCAAGAAUGUCAUAGACGCGAAAACCUUAUUACCUUUAAGGGUUAAUAAGUUUGGACAGCCGAUCGGUCCGGGGAGUGGGACAUAUACUAAUUAUCUGGGAACACUUGCCCGGAAGGGUGAAUUAGCUCCUUUGUGCUACAAAACUUGGUAGGAGAUACCUAAACAGCUAAAGGAGGAUAUGUGGAACAUUGUAAAGGAAAAUAUGAUGUGGGAAUCAUGACAAAACAGUGGACAAUAUCCUCCAUCUGGAAAAAAUAGAGGGGGUACAAGUGAGUUGAAAAAUGAAUACUACUUAGUUAGGGAUACAGAUGAAGAAAGAUUGGCAAACCCACCACCUAAUGUUGAAAAGGAGCAUUGGGAAUUUUUGGUUAGGCAUUGGGGUACGCCUAUGGCGAAGGAGGUCAGCAAAAAAAAUAAAGAACGUCGUGGGAAGCAGACAAUGAUGCAUACUACAGGGACAAAAAGCUUUGCACGUGUUUUUGCCGAGAUUGAGGAUGACGAAGGUAUUCAGCUUUCUCGUGUAGAUUUAUUCAUCCGCACAUAUGUAAAUAAGGAUGGCAAAGCUACUGAUGCUGCUACUUCGGAGAUGAUUGAAAACAUAAGAGAACUUCAAAAAAGUUACUCUGACUUGUCUAUUGGCAGCUCCAAUGAUUUGUUCUCCAUUGUGAGGGGAGAAGAGAGAACUGGUCGUGUGCGGAUGCUUGGCUUCGGGCCUACACCAAGCGAUGUUUGGAGACCCUCUCCUAGUAAAGUUGAACUGAUUAAUAAUGCUAAAAAAUCUCAGGAGGAGGCACGUGCUACACGUGUAGAGUUGCAGGAGACGAUUUCAAAAAUGUAAGCUGACUAUGACAACAAGUUGGAAAAUUUACGAGCCAACUACGACAACAAGUUGGAAAAUUUGCAACAACAGGUGGCUAUGCUAAUACAGAUGUAACAACAAAAUUGUAAUGGACAGGAUUCUGAUUCUUUAAAUGCUCCUCCUAGAGUAUCUCCAAAUCCAUUUUCUAGUCGUGAUGCCAAUUCAGUUAAGGUUAUGAAUUUUUAAUUUCUUUUAUAUAUAUGUUAAAUUUUCAUUUAUUAUAAUGUGCGCUUAAUGAAUUUAUAAAAAAUGUAGGGUAAUUCAAAUCAAAUGGGCAAGAAGACUUGUUGAAGUUGAAGUUAAAGUUGAAGAUGGGGUCGUGGUUGUGCUUUUUGAAUUUCCUUUGCCUUGGAUGGGUUCUUUUUGAAAAACUUGUACUACAUUUGUUAAAAAUUCUUAAUUCUUUUUGUGUGACAUUUAGUACCUUUAUCUAGAUAAUUUGAAUGAUAUUUUCAUAUUGGCACCUUAACUUGUGGUUGUAUUAGUAUAUAUUUUUUACUAGCUUAA